CUGCGUACAUACAAGGACUACUUCAACCGAAGUUUCUUUGCCUGCGUGUUGCGCCUUCCUCACCGCAGCCGUAAACGGUUCUCUACCCCACUACAAAAGGUCACGUUCGAUAUACCUGAGGACUGAACAUCACCCACGAUGGCGAUCUUCAACAGGAGCUCCGGCUCCUCGGACGCGAGUCCUCACAACAAGGACCCCGAGAUGUACGGAAAGACCGAGUACACGACUGGUACCACCUCUGAGCCCAUUGUGGACUCGGACGGUAUUGUACGACAUACUGACCAUGGCCAUCUUCACCGUGGUCUCAAGUCCCGUCACAUUACUAUGAUUGCCAUUGGUGGUGCUAUUGGAACUGGCCUGAUCAUCGGUACUGGAAAGGCCCUGGCUCAGUCUGGACCCGCCUCAAUUCUUAUCGCUUAUACAUCCGUUGGUUUCCUUGUCUACAUCGUCAUGACUGCUCUCGGUGAGAUGGCUGCAUGGAUCCCUCACUCCUCUGGUUUCGCCGGUUACGCGACCCGCUUCUGUGACCCUGCUCUGGGUUUUGCUCUUGGUUGGACCUACUGGUGCAAGUACAUCAUCACGACGCCCAAUCAACUGACUGCAAGCGCGCUGAUCAUUCAAGAAUGGGUGGACGCGAAACGUAUAAAUCCUGGAAUUUGGAUCCUGAUCUUCCUCGUCUUGAUCUGCUCUAUCAACUACUUCGGUAUCAAGUUCUUUGGUGAACUCGAGUUCUGGCUCAGUUCAAUCAAGGUCACGGUCAUCGUCGGUGUCAUCCUUCUCUCGUUCAUUCUCGCUGUCGGUGGUGGACCUGGCCCUGCAACUGGCUUCAAGUACUACAAGAAUCCUGGUGCAUUCAAACCGUACAUUGCCACGGGCGAUGCCGGCAAGUUCUACGGUUUCUGGGGCUCUUUGGUCAACGCUGUGUUCGCCUACCUCGGUACUGAGCUUAUUGGUGUCACCGUUGGCGAGGCGCAAAACCCACGCAAGACAAUCCCAAGAGCCAUUAAGCUCACCUUCUACCGAAUCCUGUUCUUCUAUUGCUUGUCUGUGUUCUUCCUGGGCAUGCUUGUCCCAUACAACGCAAAAGAACUUGCAUUCGCGAACAAGGCGACUACUGGUGCUUCCGCUUCACCCUUUGUUGUGGCCAUCAGGAUUGCCGGCAUCAAGGCUUUGCCUGAUAUUCUCAACGCCUGCAUCCUGAUCUUUACCUUCAGUGCCUCAAAUUCGGAUCUGUACAUCGCUUCGCGUACCAUCUAUGGUUUAGCUGAGGAGGGUCACGCCCCCAAGAUCUUCAAGUGGACCAACAAGCGUGGUGUCCCUGUUCCUGCUCUGGCCAUCUCGGCGCUCUUCUGUUGCACCGCCUUCAUGAACGCUGCUGAUGAUUCCAAGGUCGUUUUCGGCUACUUCGUCAACUUGACCACCAUCUUUGGUCUGCUGUCCUGGAUCUCGCUGCUCGUUUCGCACAUCUGGUUCGUCCGUGCACGCCGUGCCCAAGGUAUCACCAACGACCAGCUGGCCUACACCGCUCCUUUUGGUCUCUGGGGAUCUAUCGUUGCACUGUUCUUCUGUGUCCUCAUUGCUCUGACUAAGAAUUUCAAUGUCUUCACUCGCAGCCCCUCAACCUACGGCGACUUUGAUUACAAGAAUUUCGUCACUGGCUACCUCGGUAUUCCUGUUUACCUCAUUUGCAUAUUCGGCUACAAGUUCAUCAUGAAGUCCAAGGGCGUCAAGCCGCACGAAGCCGACUUUUACUCCGGCAAGGACGAGAUUGACCGUGAGGAGGAGGCUUUCAUUGCCUACCAGGCUCAGAAGAAGCUCGAGAAUGGAGGCAAGAAGGGCGGAAACUGGUUCUACAGGACCUUCGUCGCAUGGCUGUUCUAAGUUGUCGCCACUACAUUCAAUGUUCACGCGAUAUGAGAUACAUUCGCUACAACGGGACAAAUUCAGGUGUCGACAUAGAGUGCACGGCAUGACGAUUAUGGAUUGAUGAUAACACAUAUGAUCAUCAACACACCACAUCUCCUCCCUCCAUGCAUAAUGUUUCUUUGACCUUUAAACCCUGCUAAAGCACGCUCCAACCCAUCAGCUG